AUAUAUUUCAGAACGCACACUUAAAGAUAUCAAGUUCGAAUUUUGCUUUAGAUGCCAAAAGGCAUGAACUAUAUAAAUCAGGAACCAAUAAUGAACCUGUUAUACUGGAUGGAUCGUUAUUUAUUCGCGAUAAAGUCACUGAUGUUCUUAUGAUGAUUCCUGACACAUUAGAAACAAGGCAGUUUUUUAAUCUUAGUACAGUCAGUAACAAUUCAGAAAGUUGUAAUACUGGUAUUGUUUCUUCAGUUUCAUCUGAUGCUGAUGAAACUAGUACAGAAGAACUGAUUAGAUCCAAUAAUUUAGAUAAAGAUACGUGUGAUACACAGUCUCUUUCUUCAUCAGAUUCUGCACCUGUUAAGUGGACAGAUGCCAAUGCUGUGAGAUCACUUAUUUCCAAAUGGAAGAACCACGAAAGUGAUUUCAAAAAUACUAAAAUUAGAAAUAGUAAGGUGUGGCAAAUGAUUGCAGAUGAUUUGAAAAAAGAAAAUCCCUUGUGGAGCUUUAAUGGUAUUCAAUGCGAAAACAAAUUCAAAGACGUUAGAAAAUUGUAUACUAAAGUAAAAGACCACAAUAACCAGAGUGGAGCAGAACUAAAAACAUAUAAAUUUUACGAAGAGAUGGAGGCUGUUUUGGGUGAAAAACCAAUUGUGAAACCUAUUUCAAUAUCAUCAACAUUAAAGAAGAGGGUAUGUUCGCAUCCGGAAAGAGCAGUAUCACCAUUUAGUUCUGACAGUGAUGAAAAAGAAAAUUCAAAUCGGAAAAAAAGUAAAAUAGCGAAAGAAUUGGACAAAUGGAGUGAACAACAAAGAACAGAAGCAAAGGAACGGGAGCAAGCUAGAAUGCAGCGACAUAAAGAGAAGAUGGAAAGACAAGAUAAAGCUAUAGAAGUUUAUAAAGAACAAAUGGAAAAAUUAUUGGAAAAGCUGUAA